ACUGUAGCUCUGUAUCAAAAACAAGCAGAGAAGUUGAGCUGAUUAGCUCUGCUAUCUCACAGCAGCUGCACUUAACGUCGCUGCAACUUUUGAGAAGCAACUUUGAAGAAGACCUAGGCGACUUUUUAAAGGAGGCCACUUUUAAUCACAUUUGUGAUGGCGUGCGGAGCCACCCUGAAGAGGACCCUGGAUUUUGACCCGCUCAUGAGUCCUGCUUCACCUAAACGACGAAGAUGUGUCCCCGUGACCCCAUCGUCCCCUAGGAAGUAUCUUAGCAUGGAGCCCUCGCCCUUUGGGGAGUCGUCGUCCAGACUUAGUGCAGAACAAAUCCUCACUAGUAUUAAGCAGGAGUACAAACGCAUUCAAAAGAGGAAGCAUCUAGAUGGAGGCUACCCACAGUCAGAAUGCUGCUAUUCUCCAGAAUCCCCAUCCCAGUCAUCUACUAUGAAUGUUUCCAGCAUGUCAGGAACAUCCUGUGGAGGUGUCUCCCCAACUAGAAAAGACCAGCCAUUAUUUACCCUAAGGCAAGUUGGUAUGAUUUGUGAACGCCUGCUGAAAGAACGAGAGGAGAAGGUGCGGGAGGAAUAUGAGGAGACCAUGACGUCAAAGCUAGCAGAACAAUAUGACACCUUUGUGAAGUUCACACACGAUCAGCUAAUGCGACGGUUCGGGGAGCAACCUGCAAGCUAUGUUUCCUGAGUGUGACACAGAAAAUCAGCGAGACGACCGUCCCUUUGCUGCGAGCUGUCGUUCGAUAAAUCCAACAAAGGAAAGAAAACGCUCAUUGUGAGAAAUUCAGCUAAGCUAGUUAUAAU